ACCCUUGCCUUUUGUCUUUCCCAGUUCUAGGGUUUUUAGUGGAGUCAGUGAGGUAUUUGCAGGCAAAAGAAGAGAGUGAAAUGGCAGCAACAACAAUGUGCAACAGGGUAUUUGGAGGAUGCAGGGCACUGAUGGCAGCAGCCAAGUCAUCUUCAUCAGCAGCAGCCAAGUCAUCUCCGUCAGCAGCAGCUGUUGGCUCGGAGAAACCCAAAAAGGGGAUUAUGAAACCGGUUUCUGUAUCUCCACAACUAGGAAGGUUUAUUGGAGCCAACGAAGCUUCUCGUGUUGAUGUUGUCAAGAAAGUCUGGCAACAUGUCAAACUCCACAACCUCCAGAAUCCUGCAAAUAAGAGGGAGAUUCGUUGUGAUGAGAAAUUGAAGAGUAUUUUCAACGGAAGAGACACCGUUGGCUUCCUGGAGAUUGCCAAAUUGCUAUCCCAGCAUUUUGUGAAAUCUGCCUGAUGCUGUUCUUUCAAAUCAGUUUAUCUGGGUUGUGGUUUGGUUUUGGAUGUACCCUGUAGUUUAGACUUAUGAACCCUUAAACUUAAAUCGUAGAUUUAGCACAAGGCCAGAAACCCAUGU